GGGCCGGGCCGCGCAGCGCCGGGCGGGGAUGCGCAUCCCUUGGCGGCAGGAUGCCGGAGGGGAGCGCGGGCGGCCGCGGCGCGGAGAACCGGACGGGCGCCGAGGCCCCGCAGCACCUGUUCCCCGUGCCCGUGCUCACCGGCAUCACCGUCGCCUGCGUCCUGCUCUUCGUCAUCGGGAUCAUCGGCAACCUCAUGACCAUGCUGGUGGUGUCGCGGUUCCGGGACAUGAGGACCACCACCAACUUCUACCUGUCCAGCAUGGCCUUCUCCGACCUGCUCAUCUUCCUCUGCAUGCCCCUGGACCUCUUCCGCCUCUGGCAGUACCGGCCCUGGAACUUCGGGGACCUCCUCUGCAAGCUGUUCCAGUUCAUCAGCGAGAGCUGCACCUACUCCACCAUCCUCAACAUCACGGCGCUCAGCGUGGAGCGGUACGUUGCCAUCUGCUUCCCCCUCCGAGCUAAAGUCAUCAUCACCAAGGGGAAGGUCAAGCUGGUCAUCCUCUUCCUCUGGGCCGUCUCCUUCAUCAGCGCCGGACCCAUCUUCAUCCUGGUGGGGGUCGAGCACGAGAACGGCACGAACCCCCUGAGCACCAACGAGUGCCGAGCCACCGAGUACGCCAUCCGCUCGGGGCUCCUCACCAUCAUGGUCUGGACCUCCAGCAUCUUCUUUUUCCUGCCCGUGUUCUGCCUGACCGUGCUGUACAGCCUCAUCGGGAGGAAGCUCUGGAGGAGGAAGAGAAAGAACAUCGGUCUAAACACCGUCAUCAGGGAUAAGAACAACAAGCAAACUGUGAAAAUGUUAGUUGUGGUGGUAUUUGCUUUCAUACUCUGCUGGUUGCCUUUUCACGUAGGACGAUAUUUAUUUUCCAAAUCCUUCGAAGCUGGAUCCUGGGAGAUAACAGUGAUCAGCCAGUACUGCAACCUGGUGUCCUUUGUCCUCUUCUACCUUAGUGCAGCCAUCAAUCCCAUCCUCUACAACAUCAUGUCCAAGAAGUACCGUGUGGCCGCCUGCCGCCUGUUCGGACUCAAACCCCUCCCAAGGAAAAGACUCUCCAGCACAAAGCAGGAAAGUUCUCGUGUGUGGACAGAGUCGAGUGUCAUCACAUGACACGUGGUUUCCAGAGCUGGUGCAUCACUAGCUGCAUUUCCCAGAAAGCCAUAACCAGAAGGGAAACAGGGCAAGAAACGGGAACCGGAGCGUUAAAGCCGUGCUUUUGUCAUCGUCUGGACCUGCUGAAAGAUGGAACGCAAAGAUUCAAGGACACAACAGACUGAACUCCGAGACUAUAAAAGGAGAUAAACGGUCACAGAAUUUGGAAACAUUCAAGUAUUAUUUGUCUGCUGCUUUUGCCCACAUGAAUUUUUACUGCUGAGUUUAGCCCAGAUCCAGGCUGUGCCCUCCUGACCGAAUGUGGCCCACUUCACUCGAGAGCUUGUACGACUUCAGUAGCAGCCAAUUCGAGCUGAAUGUUUCCAGAGUUAGCUUUAGUUUUGCCAAGAAUUUUGCUACCAUAUAACCAGGCCCUAGAGAGAGAAAACGGAAUUGCCUUUUUGGAGUAGUAAACAUGAAAUUUGAUACACUUUUCAUAAUCUUGAUUUUUAAAUAAGCUCACAUUUUUCUCAGAAGGAGAAAAAUGAUUUCUUAAAAAAAAAAAAAAAAGAAAAAAGAAAAAAGAAAAAAGGAGAGGUAAAAUGGGUAAUUUUAAAACAUGCUAAAAAUAAAUGACUUUCACGUCACGUCCAAGUAGAAAGGAAACAAAAAAAUGCCUUCACAGAAGUGGCUUACAACAUGAAUGUACUGAAAUAUUUUUUUAAAAUAUAUGUCAGUGGGACAAGGACAGGGCUGAUUUCGAGACUGCAGUGAUGCUAUAAAAAUGUGGAAAGCAAUCUCCCACCAAAGUCUUUUUUUUUUUUUUUUUUAAUAUAUACUAGCUAAAUCACCUGUACGUGUUUUGUUCCGUUUGACUGUGAAUGACACGAUGUGUUUGAACUUGGAAGCUUUUAGUUGUUUUGGUGUUUGUAAUGAGUUUGUGGCUACCUGUCCCUAACUGUGCCCCUCCAUACCCUGAGGACAGAUCUCCUGCUUGUAAACUCCUCCCCCAUUUCUGUUUGAAGUCUAUCAGCCAGUUCCCAGUCCCAAAUCCCCCCAUAAAGCCCAGUGUGCAGUUGUACUUGUUUACUGAAGUAUUAAAUUGAGAACAUUUUACAUUUUUUAACCAACGUGACCUGAGAAAAUAAUAGAAAAACCUGCAUUAAAAGACACAGGCAGACACAUUCUCAUACUUGAUUCAUAAAAACCUUAAAUUAGAUUUAAGUAUGCCAUUUCAAGGCAAACCAGAAAACGUUCCAUCCUCUGUGCUAAUAAAUAUGCCUUAUGCUGUC